UACAAUAUGGCGGCAGCGUGAGUGUGUUGACGUAGUUGAUAGCUAACAGUUAGCCUAGUCAGCUAAUUAACAACAAACGAGCUGUUUCAAUAACCGGCGGUUCACGGCGGCUGUGACACGAGUCUCGUGGUUAACGGUAGUGCUUGUCCGUUAAACGGUUGUAGUCGGUAAAAUGAGUUACACCACGAAGGUGGUCCAGGUGACCAAUGUGUCGCCGAGCACAACAUCGGAGCAGAUGAGGACUCUUUUCGGCUUUUUGGGAACCAUCGAAGAACUGAAGUUAUUUCCACCAGAUGAUUCUCCGAUGCCGGUGACGUCACGAGUUUGCUUUGUGAAGUUCCAGGAGCCAGAGUCUGUCGGAGUUUCUCAACAUCUGACUAACACCGUGUUUGUGGACAGAGCAUUGAUUGUGGUCCCAUUCGCUGAAGGAUCUAUUCCAGAUGAGGCGAAAGCUUUGUCACUGUUGGCGCCAGCAAAUGCUGUUGCAGGGAUUCUGCCUGGAGGAGGACUUCUUCCUACGCCCAAUCCCAUCCCCAAUCCAUCGAUGGGAGGGAACCCUUUCGGUGUACCCAACAUGGACGCAAUGGCUGCUUUUGGAUUCCCAGGACCCAACAUGAAUCCUCAGGCUGCCGAUCAGCUGUUAAAGUUCAUGACAGAUCCAAAACUGAAUCCUUUGGCUGCAGGCUUAAACCUCAGCGCGAGCCUGAAGGCUGACGCAUCUAAUAAGGAAAUCGAAGAGGCCAUGAAGAGAGUCAGAGAGGCCCAAUCGCUCAUUUCGGCUGCUAUUGAACCGGGAAAUAAGGAGAGCAGAAAGAGGCACUCCCGCUCUAGGUCCAGGUCCAGGAGGAGGAGGUCCGGAUCACGUUCGAGACACAGGCGAUCCAGGAGCAGAUCACGGCGGCGCUCAUCCUCCAGAACCAGGAGGCGCUCCAAAAGCCCCCGCAGGAAACACACUGACUCCAGGGAUAGAGGCAGGCGAUCUCCCAGCAGAUCCAGAGAUAGAAAGAAAGACGAUUCAGGGAGAAGAAGAUCCAAAACACCACCUAAAAGCUACAGCACAACCAGAAGGUCACGCAGCGAGGAGAGGAGACGCAGGAGAAGUCGAAGCAGCAGCAGAUCUCCUAAAAAAUCUCCUAAAAGGAGAAACUCCAGGUCUCCAUCUCCUCGAAGGCACAAGAAAGAAAAGAAAAGGGAUAAGGAAAGGGACAGGGAACGCAAGAGUGAUAAAGAUCGCAGUCGCGAGGAACGUGAACGCUCCACCAGCAGGAAAAAGAAAAGUAAAGACAAAGAACGAGAGCGUGACAGGAAAUCAGACGGAGAGAAAGGAGAUGUCAAGAUCACCAGGGAUUACGAUGAGGAGGAACAAGGCUACGACAGCGAGAAGGAGAGGGAGGACAGGAAGGAUUCAGACGACUCUGCCAUGUCUCCUCAGUCUGUAGAAGGUAACGGCACAGCGCGACUUGUGAAACACGCCAAAGUUAACGGAGCCGACGAUCGCCAUGAAGAGGACAUGGACGUCAGCGACUAAACGGUCCGUCCUUCUCUGUCCCUCAUUAUCCCUCCAUUUUGGUUGUGAACAUGUUACGACUUUUAUUCCCCACUGGAGUAAAUCUAAAAUGUGAAGUGAGUGUCAACUGUAGUUUUUUGCACAGAAGAGGCGUGCAAAAGGCAGAGAAAAGGCAGAAAACGUUUUUUUUGCAAAAUUUCACUGCAGAACUGUCAUUUUUGCAGUUUGCCGGAUGACAUCGUCACAUUGCUUUAUGUACCCACGUGCUUUUUGCCUCUACUAACGUAGUCGGUUAAAACUGGAAGUAGGCUUGCUUUGCUUUUCUUGAGCUUGUGUUGUCGGGUUUCGUCACUUUUUCACAUAUUGUAUCUUUUACAUUUUUGUUGUCGUGGUGUGUUGUUGAGGCAUCUUCCCCCAACUUCUCAAAACAGUUAAUGCAUUUGUUUGUUCUUUGAGAGUGUUGAUUGUUUUAUCAAGGAUUUCUUUUAUAAUAAAGCCUAUUUGAAGAA